CGAAACGCCGGAAGCAAAAAUAACUCAUUUUUCAAAAUUUUGAAAACCCCCCUCCCAUCUCUCUGUCUCAGAUAAUACGCACAAAUUGGGCGCAACUUUAUCUCUCUAGGGUUCCAAAUCCCACCCGCUAACGACAUUUCUCUCCCUAUCUCUUUCCACUCUCCAACUCCAGGGGGAUUCGAAAUUCUUGAUUGCUCCGGGUCCGAAUUGUUAUGACAGUUUUCUUAGGUGGUUAGCGUUGCUUAAUUGAAGAUUAGGCAUGGUGGAUGCUCACAAUGAAAGUAAUGUGAACGGUGGUCGAAGUAAUUUUGAGAGUUUAGUAGGGUCCUCUGAUGUUGAGGAGGUGAAGGCUAAUGGCGUUGCAGUCGAUGCUGAAGCUGGUCCUUCGGGAUUGGGAGGAGAUAGCUUGCUUACCUACAAGAGGCGAAAGAGUAUCAAGAUUAUGGAGUGUGGGAAGGUUUUCGGUGAUUCAGCGAGUCAGCUGAGUGAGAAGAAAGGUGCAGAUUGUUCCAAUGGUUGCUCACUCAAGCAAAAAAGAAACAUUAUUCUGGAUCAAAUUUGCCAGUCGCUCGAUAUUGGUGGAUUGAAGAAGUGCAUGGAAAGUGCACUUGUUUUCCCAACAGCAAGUUGUAGUGAAACUACUAUAAAGGAUUCUGUUCGUUCUUCUGAACAUUGGAGGAAAAACACAUCUCAGAAUGGGACUCUGCUUGAUGGUCUCCAGAAUGCAACUAAGUCAAAUGUUGGUUUGACAUCUAGUGGGUCAGUAAAUGGUCUAUAUACUACCACUUUCACAGAGCGUUGUAUUGGCACCUUUGUGGAUGUUUUUAUGUCAGAACAGUUUGCACGACUAUGCAGUCUACUCCUUGAAAAUUUUGAAGGCAUAAAGCCAGAUAAACUCUUUGAUUUGAAUCACAUAAGCACAAGGAUGAAGGAGAAAGCAUAUGAACAGUCGCCUUUGCUAUUCCAGUCUGAUGUUCAAGAGUUUUGGGCAAAGCUCCAAAAGGUUGGCUCUGAUAUAACUGCUCUUGCUAAGUGCCUAUCGGACAAAACUAUGGCUUCUUUGCACGAACAGUGUCCUCAGGUAAGCAACCCUGCUAACAGCAUGUCUGAGGGUACGAAACAUGAGGUUGAAGUCCUUGCCCACACUAAGCCGGAGCUGGCGGAGACAUGUGCUCUCGAUGAAGUCCAUACCUGCAGGUGUUGUAGGGAAAAGGCAGAUGGAAAAACUGGUCUAAUAUGUGAUUCAUGCGAGGAGAUGUUUCAUAUCUCCUGUAUUGAGCCUGCUGUUACAGAAAUCCCUUCUAGCAGUUGGUAUUGUGCCAACUGUAUAGCAAAGGGAACUGAAUCCUCGCAUGAGAACUGCAUAGCUUGUGAGAGGCUAAAUGCCUUUGUGUCACCAUGUGAUGGCAGCGGUGGAGAAGAUGAGCUUGGGAAUGAUAUAGCAACAGAAGAAUUAGAGGGGAGUUCAAAUGAGUUAGUUGCCAAUGAAGAGUUCCAGAACUGCACAGUAUGUAGGACUGAAGUUGGCAGUGAUGGAGAAUAUAGAAUUUGUGGCCACAGCUUUUGUCCUCACAAGUUUUACCAUGAGAAAUGCCUAACAACUAAGCAGCUUAUCUCGCAUGGCCCUUGUUGGUAUUGCCCUUCCUGUCUGUGCAGAGCUUGCUUAACUGAUAAAGACGAUGAUAAGAUUGUUCUGUGCGAUGGCUGUGAUCAUGGUUACCACAUCUAUUGCAUGCAGCCACCGCUCUCUACUAUACCAAAAGGGAAAUGGUUCUGCCCAAAAUGCGAUAGUGGAAUCCAGCGUAUCCAGAGAGCCCGGAGGACAUACGAGCAUAUGCAACAAAAUGCAUCCAAAAAGAGAGCCUUGAAUGGAAAACUGAAGUGCAGCGAGGCUUUGAACAAAUCAGGUGGGGUGGAUAUGCUUCUAAAUGCAGCCAAAACUCUGAACUAUGAAGAGAAUAUGGCUGCAAUGGAGUUGGAAAGCUAAAUGAGCCUGACAAAGUCGCUCUUUUUGGUGGAAAGAUCAAGAAGUUUACGCUUGUACAUUACUGCAUCAUUCGAACGACUGACAUUUUUGUGACAGGCUGACUUUUGACUUCAAUCAUCCCAUCUCUAGGAGACGGGAUUCUCCUUUUGCUCCUCGAGGUAAAUUCUCUUGCAGAAUUGUAGACUGACAGUUGCUCUGGAAUCGAUUUAGGUGCUUUAGUUUGUAGUAAAUAUUCUUUUACGAGGUCAUGAUACCGAGCGUUGCGUUGGAAACCGAUCUGAAAGAAUCGUUUCUGCCCCUGAUUUUGAUGCACUUGGAGUUGAUUCUUGUGGGAUAGGUUUAACUGGAUAUCUCUUGUAUUGAAAUGAGUUGUUGCAAUUGUACUAAAGAUUUACUGUAUGUUGAAAUAUUGCUAUGUUCUUGUUUAGUAGCCUAGACUAAGCCAAAUGUUGUAUUUCAUGUAUUUUCCUCCCCAUAUUAAUAUUGACGACAUAUUUUCUCCCUCCGAGCCAUAAA